AUGAAAAUCGUAAAGACAAUAUCGGGGCAAUACAUCGGUAAGGGGUUUAACGGUGGUGUCAUCGGUGCUGGCUUAGCUGCUGUUGAAAAUGCUGCUCUGGCUAGUAGUAUGGCCUAUGGAGCACCCUUGGGAGCAAAUGGAUUAGCAUACGAAGCCGCAUUGGCAGCCAAUGGCGUACCCUAUGGGCCUAAUUCAGCUCCUGCCACAAGUAUCACAAGCGGAGGUGGUUUUAGAGUAACAAGCUCCUCCCCAAUCCCAGCAAGUGGUGUUACAGUGCAGUCUGAAAAUUUAGUAAUUGAAGGUCCAUUGGCUGUAUCAGGUCAAUUACCUUUCUUGGGUGUAGUGGCGUUAGAGGGUCCAUUGCCAGCUGCUGGCCAGGGUGCAGUCGCCUACGGUUGCGGUAAUGGCAAUGUUGGCAUCGUAAGUGAAGGAGUUGAGCCAGCGGUAGCUCCAGCAUAUGCCAACGGACACCCAGCUGGUCUUGGUUACAACGGCCUUCCUAACGGAUUAGGCUAUGGACCUCUUUAUUAA